AUGGGAGCCGAUUCGCGUCCCCUUAGCGGCCCCGUUGCCGUCCUUAGCGGCCCCGUUGCCGCCCUCAGCGGCCCCAUAGCCGCCUGCAGCGGCCCCGUCGCCGCCCUCAGCGGCCCCGUCGCCGCCCGCAGCGGCCCCGACGCUGCCCUCAACGGCCCCGACGCCGCCCGCAGCGGCCCCGUCGCCGCCCGUAGCCGCCCCGUCGCCGCCUCUCACGGCCCCGUCGCCGUCCACAGCGGCCCCGUCGCCGCCCUUGCGGCCCCGUCGCCGCCCUCAGCGGCCCCUUCGCCGCCCGCAGCGACCCCGUCGCCGCCCUUAGCGGCCCCGUCGCCGCCCCUCUCACGGCCCCGUCGCCGUCCACCGCGGCCCCGUCGCCGCCCUCAACGGCCACGUCACCGUCCAGAGCGGCCCCGUCGCCGCCCUUGCGGCCCUGUAGCCGCCCUUGUGGCCCCGUCGCCGCCCUUGCGGCCCCGUCCCCCCCCUCUCGCGGCCCCGUCGCCGCCCUCUCGCGGCCCCGUCGCCACCCUCUCGCGGCCCCGUCGCCGCCCUCUCGCGGCCCCGUCGCCGCCCUCUCGCGGCCCCGUCGCCGCCCUCUCGCGGCCCUCUUGCCGCCCUCUUGCGGCCGCCGACGAGCCGCCGAGCUGCCGAGCCGCCGAGCCGCAGCAGCCGCUGCCACCACCGAGCCGCCGCCGCCGAGCCGCUGAGCCACCGCGAAGCCAAGCCGCCGAGCGGCUGCUGCCCUCGAGUUGCCGCCGCGGUCAAGCCGCGGCCACAACUGCCGCUGCAGCCUUACCCAACGGUCUGGUAAGAGUACUUUUGCGCAGCACCUCUGCUACUGCGCCACAUCUAGCCUGCUGCUCUCACCGCUAG